ACAACGUUCUUCACUUAUUGUCACUAGUUUUUUUUUUUUGCGUCUGUUUUGGUAAAAAUUUUUUGUCAACGCUAAAGCGCGCACGCCCCCCCCCCACACGCACGAAGGGUUAGCGUCACUGUAGCCACGCAGGUCAAAGGGGGCGUGUCUUAUCGACCUUUUCAUAGUUGUACUUUAAGCUAUUAGUUAACUAGCAUUAGCAUUUAUUACACUCGUAUCUAUUUGUGGCUGCUGGUACAGAAAGAAUGUGAUGUCACCAAAAUGGCAAGCGAGGAGAUUAUAUAUGACAAGAUUCACUUCAGGCAUGACACAAAAUGGAGUGGGCGCCUGGGGCCUGCAGAGGGAAGGGGACUGUUUCUCUGUGUGGCUUGCGUGAUUGAAAUGCUGGAAAGUGAUGAUAUUUCAUCAGUCAGGAAGUCUUAUGCUUUGUCCGCUGUCAGUGGGGUGCUGAAGUGUUCGCCUGGUGCUUUGAGGGAGUUGCUCCAACAGGACUCCCAAGUGUGGAUGCAUUUUAUAGCUUCGCUACUGGGGAUGCUUCAUAUUAUGGUGGACCCAGCCACUCUGGAAAAAGUGGACCAGGUUCUAGUUUUGUUACUUUUGGAGCUCCAGAGUGAGCUGCCGUUACACUAUGUGUUGGAGCAUAUUAACAAGCAGGUAAUAGACCAGCUCAACGUGAAGGAUAUCUUGCCAACGUUCAACGUCUUAGGGAGUUUGGUGGAAAAAAUUCCAACUGUGGCCCUUAUCCUGGUGACUCAAUAUGUGCCCUUGCUUGAACUCCUGUGCUCGGUUUUGCUGUAUCCGGAUGAAGGGGUGCAGGCAUCAGUUGUCUAUGUGUGGCUCAAGUUGUUGGGGGCGUCAGGGGGCUCAGCAGCCCAAUCCUUGCCAGACACCAUUCGGAACAGAGUCUGUGUCCUGUUGCUACAGACAUUUUCCAAUGCCAGUUGCCCACAGCUCAUCAACAAUUGCAUUGCUCUACUAUGGCUUCUAGUGCAGUGGCCAGAGGCCGUGUCAGUUCUGAUGAGCAAUGUUGGCGAUCAAUUCUUGUGCACCCAGAAUCAGAACAUCCACAUUUCUAGCAGUCAGAGCCUCAGUCAAACCCAAGAGCAACAGACUCCUGAUCACUGCCAUCUCCCUCUCAUUCUGAAAAAGUUGCUGCUGAGUGGUGAUGUUACAUUGCAGGUGACAAGCGCAAAGUGUAUUGCAUCUAUUCUUGUUCAUUCUCCCAUUCGGUACAGUGCUCCUUUCAUCAAAGCUGACAUACCAGAGUUUCUGUUUGACCGGCUGGCUAAUACAAGUAGUGAGGUGCUACUGUGGUCUGUCUACAGCUGUUUGGUGUUACUGAUUGAAGACCCACUAUUCUUCUCCCUGUGCCAUUCAGUUUACGGUAUUGAAUCACUGGUGCGCAGUCUGAAACAGGGACUACAACUGGCCAAUGUGGAUGUGCUGAAGCAAGGGCUUUUGCUCCUCACUGAGAUACUUGAAAGGCAGCCCACAAAUGUACAUUUAUUCCUCAGUCCUCCAGCAUUUAUGGCAGUUUCAGAGGCUGUGAUUUGUGGACUUUCCUCUCCCUGCCUGCGAGUGGCUACACAAGCUGCCAGUGCUGCCUCCACCCUCUUUAGAUUGAACCACCAGUCCAGACCAGUCCUAUACCAGGAAUUACAAGGAAUUGUGAAGGCCAUCACGAACAGAUUCUCUGAGCUUCCCAUACCCUCCUCCAAUAAUCGUCAAAGUAGAGUGAGUCUGAAGAAGCCAGAGCAAAAUAGCCUGCACACUCGGUCAGAAGGAUUUCUGCUCCACUCACUGCUCUGUUUUCAGGCUGCAUGCAGAUUGGCUGAGGAGUGUGCAUCAGAUCCUAUUCUGAAGGAGAACACAUUCACUGCUCCAUCUAAGAUUAGCAAUGGCCCUGACUCACUUGAGUCUCUGCGUCAAUAUCUGCUGCAGUGUUGCGACUCUGUCUGGAUACCCACAGUUGUUAAGAUAUGCGAAUUUGCACCAAAUCCUCAGAUAUUGCAGGUCUUCUACUCAAUCUUGUCUUCUCAAUUCACCCUCCUUCCAUCUGUCAUGCCAGCCUUCGCAAACAAGAUGGCAUCUUCUGGUUUCUACAGGCUUGCCUUGGAACACAAAGGGAUUUUCUGUGUGGGAAACAGAAACACACAUUUAAAUGCAGCUUGCUGUGAUUUCCUACAGAAACUCAGUAUGUGUCUGCUCUCCCAGUCAGUCUCUGCUUCUGGCAUCUACCAGCAGGAUUCUGAGGAAAUAGAAAAUCUUUUACUGCACAAUCUUUCCUCUCUGUGCUGUCGACUCUCAAACUGGCCCACUCUGCUGUUUGAGUCUCCAGGGCUCCAACUGUGUGAUUACAAAGGCCCAAGAGCCACUCAAUACUGUCUGCUGAUAAUACUACACCUCGCCCUCCAGCAAGGAGACAGGCUCCUUCCAGACCAGACAGUCUUUUCCAGUGUUGUGUGGCUCUUGCGUUCAGUGCAGGAAGAAGGCACCGGCACCAUUCCUACCUUGGUCCUGCGGGCUUCUAUUUACCUUCUUGCGGUGACACAUGAUAAGAGCACCACACUUGAAGGCGCUCCAUUGGACUGCAUCAACAAGGCACUCUCUUCUUGUCAAAGCUUCUCAUCGCUCUACAUUCACCAUCCUGCCAUCCUUCACUUCAUUUGUGGCCAUCCACUGCUUAAAGAAAAAUUUGGGGCCCUGGUCUUGGAACUUUGGUUGACUAACCAAGCACAGUCCACAGAUACAGAGACGACCAUGGAGAUGAGAUGUUCUGUGGAGGGUCAAGAACAAGGGCGUCCCACAGAAAUUGUGGAGCUUCUGUCUCUAGUAAAGAAAUACCAGUCUGUCAUUCUGAUCCUCCUGGACAUAGUUUGCACCAGGGAGGCCUCACUUGCAGAGCGAGCAAUGUCAGUCCUGAUGAUUCUCUUGGAUGGUCAUAGUGACUUUGAGGCAGACAUGUGUAGCAGUCUGAAACCUGCCCUACUCCAGGCAUUACAGAGACUCAGUGUCGAGAAUAUUGCCCAUGUACAUGGACAGAAACUUGUUGAAGAAGUUAACUCGCUCCCUCUGGUGCUCAGGCUGCUUUGUGUAACACAUACCAGCAACCCACCUUCCCCACUCUGCAGCAAGAUGGACGAAAUACACUUCAAACUGCUCUAUCAUGUGAGUCAUAUUGCAGGUAGGCUGAAUCAGUCCAAUACAGAGAGUUUGCUACCUGCCCUAAACUACCUGUACUGCUGCCUGAGUCUCUCACCUGCACACUGCGCUGACAGAGCUGUCUCCAUGCUACUCUCCAACUGUGGACUGUUGGAGCAGCUUCAGACAAUUCUCUCCUCGUCCUCCUCCUCCUCCAUCUCUUCUGCAUCAUUUGUCUUCUGUUCAACUGAUCCUUCCUCAGCCCUGCUGUGCUGCAGUCAUCUACUCCUGUCCUCCCUCAUCACUUUACAGCGUGAGCACUCCAUGCAGGUUCACAAACGCCUCACUUGGAGCCUGGAGACAGCUGUGCAGCGAAUACUCAUUCAGAAAAGGAAUACUGACACUCUCUUGCUGGUCAGCUAUUUGAGGUUGCUGCAGGUCUUACUCAAUGUUGACUUGACCUCUGCAUUGGUGUGUGUGACCACUGGGCCUGGUUUGGUUGGCCAAACACCCCUGGAACCUGAAGAUGGUGCAUUAUUCCCACUUGGCUCAAGAGGGGCUCAGUGCCUCUUAAUUGCUCUCAGUGGACUUAUUUUGCAGAAAAAUGAGCUACUGCUGAGGGCCUCAGUCAACUGCCUAAGUUCCAUGCUUGGCUUCCUUCAGCGGAAAAGUUCACAGACAGCCAGUUAUGUGGUUCGUCAGCCAUGGAGUCGAUUCUUCAUCUCCUUCCUGCACAGCUCCGGAGAGAGCUUCCUCCUCCACCCAGCCAUUCUCAGGGUUAUAACACUUGUGAGAUGUUAAACACCUUCAAGUCAAGUUUAAUUUAUGGAGGUUCAGUCUGAGCAGUAAUAUGCAAGAGUUUCUGUGUGUAGGAACAUAAAUUACAGAUUAUGGGGCAUGGCAAUGUGGUGGUGGUGUUGUGGGAUCCUGACCUGCUCCAGGUGAUAAAUGCAGUAGAGAAGAAAGGGGUUAAGAAGCUCAACCUGGAAGCAUCACAAGCCCUCAGACUCUUACUUACACAGG